AGCCAUAAAUUCCGGGGACACCUGAAGGCAUCACUCGACAGGUUUUUCCAGUAAACUGCGCGAGGUUUUUUUUUUUUUUUAGCAGGAAGUUUCACAUUCAACGCGCUCGAGACUUUUCCUGCUGCUUCAGACAUGAGCGAGCGGGUCCUGGUUCUGGUUCUAUGACCGCGAAGCGACAUGAGGACUUUCCUAACCAUCCUCGUGCUCGUGGCCCGCUUGUCAGCGGUCACGGUCUUGUCUGGACACAACCUCACGUGCCCGCGACAGCUGCAGGACCUGAACUGCGCCAUCAGCCUCAGUAACUGCAUGGACCCCGAAUGGCUGAAGGUGAAGAAUUACACACCCAGCGCUCCAGAGGAGCCGGAUGUCCAGGUCAUCACCAUGACAGACGAUGAAGGCCGGCGCCAGGCAGUCCUGCAGGCGCAGUGGGAGAUAAAGGAUGAUGGCAGCAUUUCUUACCUGGUCGCCACCGAGCUCCACCUUCUCACCAUCUCCACCGGACGCAACGAUUGUCUUCGAUUUUCCUUUAAGGGCAAACUUCCCCAGAGGGACCCGUCAAAUAAAAAGUGGUUGAUCUCCUCAGACAUGCUGGUUCUGCAGCCGGGUCAGGAGUACAAAGUCUCCGUCUUCAACAUCCCCAAACCAGAGGAAGGUCACAGCUUCUACGACGUCAGCACCAGAGUGCAGGUUCCAGACUGUAACGUCCCUGAAAUGGAGAACACCCAGUACUGCAUAGAGACAGGGAGCCUGUGGCAGCCGAACAUCAGCAUGGCUCAGACCGCAGACGGCUCUCUGGCCGUCAGCUUCGCUGGCGACCCGCUCUGCCACAGCUACGACGUCUUUGUGAAAUGUGGACAGCAGCUCCAAACCGUCACGGUUUCUGAGGGAGGCCAGAAGAUCCUGAAUGCAACCUUCAUGCUCUCCAAGUGGCCGAGGUCCUGCUGCCAGUUUGAUGUCGAGAUCAAACCCCUUUUCCCGCUCUGCCAAAGCGACUGUCCCAGAAGAAGACGAACUGGAGAUCUUUGUGGAGCGGUAGUUCCCACGCAGAAACCGGACACGCCGUACCCGUUUGCCGUGGUGGCGGGGAGCCUCUCGUGCGUCGUGCUGGCAGCUGCCGGCUGGUUUCUCUGCAGAAGGAAAGGGAAAGCGUUUCCUCCGGAGCCGCCCCGGGAUCCAGAAAAGGAGCGUCUGGAGCCGCUGCUGCAUCCUCCGAAAGUCCUGGUCAUCUACUCCCAGGACCACCGCCUGUACCGGGACGUGGUCCUGAAGCUGUGUGCCUUCCUCCAAGCCAAGUGUGGCACCAAGGUUGUGGUGGACCUGCUGGACUCCAGCUCGGUCAGCAUGGUGGGUCGAGUGCGCUGGCUGGAGUGGCAGCGGCAGCAGCUGAGAAACCCGUCCGACAAGAUCCUGGUGCUGUGCUCUCCUGGGGUCCAGGCCAAGUGGAGGGCCAUGUGCGGUCUGGGCCGCGUGACCCUGAGGGAGGACGUCCUCUCCCCCACCGACGACAUGCUCAUCCCCUUCCUGAACCUCUUCCUGUCCGACAUGCACCAGGCAGGGAUGCUGGGAAAGUACCUGGUGGCGUACUUCGAGGACAUCAGCAGCGCGGAGGACGUGCCCUCCGUCUUCAACAUCGCGGCCAAAUACAGUCUGAUGAAGCACUUUGAGGAGCUCUUCUUCAGACUCCUGGACAUGGAGAAGUACCAGCCGGAUCGGAUCAACCACAUCCUGGGAAUUGGGGAGGAGGAGUACUCCAGCAGCCCCUCGGGGAGGGCCCUGAAGGAGGCCAUCCAGGUCUUCAAGGCCUUCCAGCAGGAGAACCCGGACUGGUUUGAGAAGGAGUGCGUGGAGAGUGAGGAGGACGUCACGCUUGAGGUCCAGCAGGUCGAGGAGCAGAUCCCCGCCGUUCUGGAGUGUGUUCCCGCCAUCAGAGACGGGCCUCCGGUCUACGCCUGUGACGUGAGCGUCACUGAAGCCUGCAGCAGCGUUCUGCUUCUCUCUCCUGAGCUCAGGCCGCCGCUGCAGCCUCAGCAUAUGGUUGAACUCCUUCCAGCGGUGCUUCAUCAUCCUCAGCACCUGGCCAGCCAGGUCCCGCUGCCCCCACACCCCACCACUCCACAGCUCUACAUCCACGAGCCGGUUCUGGACUUCCAGUCCCCCUCAGGAGGAACCUGGCUCUCUCUGGAGGAACGGAUCCUAACUCAGAGCCCCGCUGAGGAUGAUGAAGAUGCCUCUGCUCCGUCUGUACAGGCAUUCCCAGAGGCUCUGCAUUUCCCUUCCGUUCCUGACGGAUGCUCCAUUCCUGAGGAAGUGGAUGAGGAGCAGGAGGAUCAGCUGGAGCCCAACAGAAAGGGGCCCAGGAGCGGGUCCGACCAAGGCUACAUCUCCAACAGCUUGACUGCGUCGUGAGAGGAGCUGGCAGCUUCCGCUGCAAGGGAGGUGCUGCAGCAGAACCGGUGCAGCAGAACCGGUGCUGCAGCAGAACCGGUGCAGCAGAACCCCGACACCCUGAGGAGAACCCAGUGAGUGUGGAGCUCCAGCAGGAGCGCGGCACGCCGGUGGCAGCUCCUGCUGGAGUUCUAUGCUGAAUUGAUGAAGAUCUGCCUCCAGAACCAGAGGUCACUGAAAGACCUGGACCCUCAAAUGGAGCAGUCCGGAGGGGGUUCUUUAUGGAACCUGCUGGUGAUUGACAGAUUUCAGACUCACUUGGUCUCAGAUGUUGGAUCCUGAUCACUUAUUUUAUUCCUAUUUUGAUCAUUUCUGUAUAUUUCCAGCUUAUGAUAAGCGAUAAAUACUCUUGUUGGAAGUCAAACGCAGCGGAAAACGUCAGCGGUUUGAUCAGGAGGCGCACAAAAACAGUUUGGUGAAGUUAGAAAGAUGUUCACAGAUUUGGAAUUUUAAUAAAUGUUUCACACUGACA